UAGUGGUGAUUACAUGAAGUUAUAAAAUAAAACACCGACUCCCUGUUGGUAUUUUCCUUCACUAUAAAAAUGUGACCGAGUUUACAGCUGAUAUUUUUCUUACUCGAAAAAACCAAAAAAUAAAUAAAUAAUUUGUGAUUAAUUAUUUAUGUUUUAUUGCUUAAAUAUUUCAAGUUUGUGACUGAAAUUUAUAAAAUAAUUAGUUUUUUUUUUUGUAAUAAAUAAGUUAAUAAAAUGUAUAAUAAAUUAUUUGACAAGCCAUUUAAUUAUGCCAACGACAUCACCUGUUGUUCGUUUAGAAUGCAAACAAUCAAUAGUGAUUACAUUUUUUAUUAAUCAUUUUUUUUUAUUAACGAUUAAUAAAAAUGAUAUUUAAAUACUAUGAUUUUAUUAAGAGUUUAUAAUUCUGAGGCAUUAUUAUGGUGAAAUAUUAAACUUACAAAUAUAUACAUCAAAAAAAUAUAUAUAUAUAUAUAUAAUAAUAAAAAUGGAGCAGGUAAUACCAAUGAGUUGGUUAAAUAAAAUUCUAUUGACUGUAAGUUUGGGAUGUGUAAUAUUUUGUUUGAUAAUCGAACAAUGGUUCACUUUGACAUCAUUAUCUAUUUAUAUUUCAUUGACAUGGUGCAUAAUUGUGAUAAUAAUAUCAACUUGGUUGAGUUGUUAUCUUUUAAAAAUAACAUUGAAAGCAGUUUCGCCAAUUAACAUCCACCCAGUUGAUAAAAUAAUUAAAAAAAUUAUCAACAUUGAACCAGAAACAAACAACAACAAGGUACCAUCUCCUAAUGACCCAUCUCGUAACAAUAAAAAUGAAUGUGGACAAAUAAAUGACGAAAAUAAUAAAAUAUCUGAUAAAACAGAAGACAUAAAUAAAAUAAUAAAUGAAAUCAAUGAAAAAUUUAUUGAUACCUGGUACGGAAUUAUCAGUAAUGACAAAACAUUCAACGAUGAAUCAAAAAAAAUUCUCAAGACACUUUUUGAAAAAAUUUACAGUAAAAUUUUACUAAUAAAUAAAAUAAAAUUGUCGCAUAAAUUUGCUGAUAUAUUGUUACUGCAUUUGAAAGAAUAUCGACGUGCGUUGCGUCGAGUUGAAAAGGGUAAAGCUAAAGAUAUUGAAGAAGCUUACAGAUGUAUACAUCCAGGUUCCCGUAGUAAUUCAACACUAGAACAUACACUGCAUCGUAUUGUAAAAAUUAUCAUACGCGAAUUUAUCCAGUGGGAAGUAACGAAUUCUUUACCAUGUAAAUUAUUAUUAUCAAUACUUGCCAAAAAAUUAUCUGUUAUUUUACAUCAAGUAUCUGUACCUCAGUGGAUUUUUAUUAGAAUAAUUAAAUAUUUAAAAUUUACUGAUAAUAAAACAUCAUCUAGAGAUACCGAUAGCGGUAUAGUAUCUCAUGGUUUAAGUACAGGAAUAACUUCAGCGACAGCUGCGGUAAUAAAAAGACAGUUGCCAAAUCCAGUAUUAAAUGAUAAUCCAAUAAUUGAAAUAACUUCACCUAAAAUAGUGACCUCGUGUAAAAAAAAUGACAGAAUAUCUCUGUGUCUUGAUGGACUGUCGACAAUUGGACACAAGGGAUUGUGGAAUGAUUUGAAUGAUGUACAAAUAGAUUACGAUAAUAAUGAUAAAUAUGACGACGAAGACAAUGACGAUCAUAUAUCACCGGUGUAUGAAGAGCCUACAGAUUUCGCGACGACAAUCGCACGUUUGAGAAAUUUACUCCAACAAAAAUCAACAGUCAGCACUCCGUUGCCUGUUGAAGAAAAAUCUUUUACGUAUGACGGCAAUCAGUUUGUUAAUUUAGCGAUACCUUGGACUGAAUUUCAUACAUCAACUGACGGCUCGCAGCAGUUGUUGUACUGCAUACAAUUUGAUGACGUUGAACAACACGGUGAAGAUUUGUUUGAAACAACGAUCGCGACUGUGAGAAGACAGUACGCGGAUUUCGUACAAUUGCACAAGAGUUUAGAAGAAUUAUCAAAUUAUUCCUCAAUUAUAUCAGACAUUCGUUUGCCAGAUGGAGGUCGUGUGGAAAUGGAAAAUUAUUUGAAAACACUCUGCUGUAAAUUGUCGCCUGACAUUCCAACGCAGCUAAGACACUUUUUAAGACCAAAUAGUGGAGGCAGUAAAAAAGCGGAUGCUGUUGCUCCGAGAUUCGAUAGAUUUUUAGCCAAAACAGUUACCGGAGUAUUCAAUACUUUAAGAACAGUAGUACCGGGUUUUGAAAUGGAUCAAGAAGAUGACAGUGUUCCGAUGCCGACACUCAUGCCUUUGUCAGACAUUCCAUGGAGGUUUGUUGAAGACAUUAAAUCGAAAAAAAUUACUGAUGAAUUGGAGAUGCUGUUGGCUGAUAGAGUAGAUUAUUGUUCUGUUGACACUGCGUACGAAGCCGUUGAGUCUAUUGAGGCUGAUGGUGAAUCUGAACUCUUAUCGCAUUGGCUAAAAAUAGUUAACACUCCGUAUGACGAAGAACUUGAAGAGUUAGACAGUAAAUUAACUCUGUCUUGUAUAGGCAUUGAUUUGAUAUGUGAAAUUUUAGCUGGCAUUGAUAGUAACAAUACACUGAGACAGGAAACUGUUGUAAGAUGGACGAAAUUAUUUUUUGGUAACAUCACAGAGUCAUUAAUUAGUCAGUAUGUUUUUAAAUUUUAUAAUCAUUUGAAUUUGAUGUCAGUAUUUUCGAAUGAACAGGAUGAUAAUUACAGUGAAGAGAUUGAAGUUGUGGAAGAUAAAUUAUUUGGGAUACUGACAGCUAAAAUAUCAAGUGAAUUGAAAUUUAUUUUUGGGGAAAAUGAUGUAAAAAAAAUAAUUAAAUUUUUAUUGCAGUCAUUUGAAUGUAAAAAAGUAAAUCUUGAUUUGUUGCUGCAAAUUGUUGAUAUUUUAGCAUCAGAAUUGUUGGCUGCGUCUAAAAUUAAUGAUGAUAAUUUGCUAUCAUAAAAUAAUUGUUAAAGUUUUAUUUUAUUUUUUUACAAACUUCAGGAGGGAAGCGGGACUGAGAUACAAAAAAAAAAAAGAGGAUAUUUUUGUAAUUUUUUUUUCAGAGUACGUUCGUUAUUAAAAUUCUUAAAAUUUGUGACAUUAUUAAGCAUCAUUUCAAGAAUAUUCUGUGAAAUUUUCAUAAAAAAAUAUUGAAAAAUGAGCCAGUGGUAGUGGGGAGAGACGAGUCAUCUUAAAAAAAGUCUCCAUGCAGUCGGCAGGAUAACUUAUGGCUGCUUCAUCUGAAAUCAAAAAACCAAAAAGAUUUUUUUAGUGCAUAAGUUUAUCUUGGAUUUGAACAAAGGAUUUUUUUUUUCAAUAACUACUUAUUUUUUAAUUAAACAAUAGGAAAAAUUUUUGGCAAAAGUCAAAGUUUUUUGAUUGCACUUUUACCAAAAAUUCAAAAAUGAAUAUUUUGUUUAUUCCUUCAUUCAAAUCCAAGAUAAACUUAUGUACUGAAGAAAUCUUUACAGGAUAAAAUUUCUAAAAUUAUUUUUAUCAGUCCAAUUCCUGAUGGCCAUAUUAUCACUUCAAAAGUUUGACGUUCAGUGAUUUUGAUUAACUUCACAGUAAGUUUACGUCAAGUUCUUGCAAUUGACGAUGAUAUCAAAUUUGGGCUGGGAAUUUCCCAUGAUUUCAUACAUGUAUGUGUAACACAUUCUAUUUAUUUAUGAUAUACACAUAAAAUGUGAAAAAAAACCUGACUACGAUUCCAGUCGUAAGUGUAGAAAUCAUUAUAACGAGCAACCUGCAGUCAACACGUGACUGCCAAAAUAUUACUAGCAUUUAUAAAAUACGCAGAAAAAAAGGAUUUCUUGCCGCAACAAAAUUUUAAUUUGCACCAAGAAAUUUUAUGCAUUAUCAAUAAAAUACAAAAAUUGUCUAGGGGCGAGAAAAGAUUUUUUUGGUCAAGAAAUAAUUCCUUGCACCAAGUAAUUUUUUCUAGUUCUAAAUAAAUUUUUGUUUUCAAUUCACAAUGCAAAAAAUUUAUUGGGGUAAGUAAAAAUUUUCUUUAGGCGCGUAAAGAUUUUUUGUGUCAAUGAAUCCUUUUUUUUUCUAUGCGCACUUUUUUGACUUUGAGAAGCUUCCUAAGACCAAAAAGGAGUAGAAAAAUCUGUCAUUUUGGAAUAAGUAACGCGAUAUAUAUAUCAUAUAGCUAUAUAUUAAGUGACAUUCAGUCAUAUUUAGUGACAGAAUAAUUAAAGUAUUAAUUUAUUUAAAGAAAAUAAAUACGAUCGUCUUUUUUCCCGCGUAAUUUAAAUGGAAUUCGAAUGAUAUAGAUAAAUCUAUUUAUCUCAAUUCUUGGCAAUUAAAAAGAGUUUUAACUAUGAAAAGGCACAAAUUCAAGUCAAGACCUAUCUAAUGAUACCAAUUUCAAUAACAUUAACUAAUUCUAUCAUAUAGAUAUGGCGGGAACAAAAUUUUCCUUAUUCUCUUAAUAAUAGAGAUAAUAUCUCGUUUAUAGAGAUCAUGUUCAACAGAUUUUGUCCUGGAGAAAUUUUGUCGUGUGGAGAUAUUAUGGUGGAACCCUACCACUGGCACAUUUUUCAAUAUUUUUUUAUGAAAAUCUCACAGAAUAUUCUUGGAAUGUUGUUUAAUAAUGCCGCAAAUUUUGAGAAUUUUAAUAACGAACGUGGCCUGAAAAACAAAAUCACAAAAAUAUCCUCUUUUUUUUUUGUAUCUCAGACCCGCUUUCCCCUAAUGAGAAAAAAAAAACGAAUUAUAUCAGUAUGGAAUAACGAUGUCUACGUACCUGAUUGCACUGUUAAGAGAAAAUGGAAUUAUCGCUAUUACUCUAAUUACCGUAUCUAUAAUUAAGUGAUUAUUACCUUGUACUGUUUUAUUUUAAAUCCAAAAAUUUAUUUCCAUUUUCUCUAUAGUCAUUUACUGUAUUUAUUUAAAAAAAAAAAAAAAAAUACUUACGUUACCAUUUAAGAUUUUUUCACAAACUUUUUUUUAGUAUUUUAGUUUAAAAAAUUUUACUUAUAUCUAUGUAAGAAAUUUACUCUAUUGAAACAACUUUUAUACAAAAGAAAUGUUAUUUAUAUUUUUUUGUUUUUACACAGGUCUCAUACUGUUCAUUACAAUAUAUUAGAUAUUAAUUUAAU